AUGAAAGUUGUCUUUUUACACCCUGACUUUGGCAUUGGCGGAGCAGAACGACUUGUUUUAGAUUCUGUGUUGGCGUUGAAAAAGAAGGGCCAUAAAGUUUGUGUUGUAACUAAUCAAUUUUCUUCUGACCAUUGUUUUGAGGAAUUGAAAGACUUUAAAGAAGGUUUUGAAAAAUUCUUUGUUAUUUUCUAUUUCUUUGAAGAUUUGGAGGUUGUCGCACAGAAAUUGCCUCGUUCAAUUUUCGGAAAGUUUUCUGCGCUGUGCGCUUAUAUCAGAUUAUGUAUUGCUGCAUUUUAUGUUUGCUUUUACCAUCGUGAUACUGACCUUGUUUUUUGUGACCAGAUUUCUGCUCCAUUGCCUAUUUUACGGUUAUUUUGUGGAUGUUCUAUACUUUUCUAUUGCCAUUACCCUGACAAAUUAUUGGCUAUUAAGCGUGACACUUUCAUAAUACGACUUUACCGACUUUGUAUUGAUAAUAUUGAGACUUGGACUAUGGGUUGGGCUGAUCAAAUACUCGUUAAUAGUAAUUUUACUAAUGGAGUUGUUCAAGAGACAUUUCCAGCUUUAACCAAUCGUCCAUUGGCUGUUUUAUAUCCUUCGAUCAACUGUGAAUUUUUUGACAAUGCUUUGAAAAAGUUUAAAGAAGAUGGAAUUGGUGAAAUUGAGAAGACUUUAUCUGUGGAUUUGGUUGAUUUAUUAAAGCAAAAAGAGACAAUCAGUUUUCUUUCUGUUAAUCGAUUUGAACGAAAGAAAAAUAUUGAACUGGCAAUUCAGUCUUUCGCCUUCUUGCUUUCCAAAAUUUCGUCAGAAAAUUCAAAAAAAUGUAUUUUGGUGAUUGCUGGUGGUUAUGAUCCUUUAAAUUUGGAAAAUAUUGAACAUUUUGAUGAAUUGGUUAGAUUAUCCGAACAAUUAGGUGUUGCAGAGCAAGUUAAAUUCAUCAAAAGUCCAAGUAAGUUAUAUGUUUAUAUGUAG